UCUUUGGCAGCAUGAUCAGAAAAAGAAGAGGCACCACCAAUACCAACCUCCGAACCCUCAAACAGAUUCAUGCUUUACUGAUUGUCAACGGUUUCACUUCCAACGUUGGUUUCCUCAGACAACUUGUCUUCACCGCUGCAAUGUCAAUGGUGGGUCCCGCGGCCACCACUGCCGUCACACACUACGCACUCCAAAUGUUCGCUCAAAUUCCCCAACCAGACACCUUCAUGUGGAACACCUUCAUCCGAGGUUCCUGUCAAAGCCCUGAUCCCAUGCAUGCGGUCGCACUCUAUACCCAGAUGCACCAGCGUGCCGUGAAGCCUAAUAACUUCACUUUCCCUUUUGUUCUCAAGGCUUGCACCAAGCUUUUCUGGGUCAACACCGGUUCAGCGAUCCAUGGCCGGGUUUUGAGGUUCGGGCUCGGUUCAAACGUGGUUGUGAGGAAUACCCUUUUGGUUUUUCAUGCUAAAUGUGGAGACUUUAAGGUUGCAACUGAGCUUUUUGAUGAUUCGGAUAAGGGAGAUGUGGUUGCUUGGUCUGCACUCAUUUCUGGGUGUGCUAAAAGAGGGGAUUUGAGUGUUGCUAGAAAACUGUUUGAUGAAAUGCCACAGAAAGAUUUGGUGUCGUGGAACGUGAUGAUCACGGGGUACACCAAGCACGGGGAUAUGAAGAGUGCUAGGAAGCUUUUUGAUGAGGCUCCCAUGAGGGAUGUUGUUAGUUGGAACACGGUGAUCGCGGGUUAUGUACUGUGUGGUUUGAACCGGCAGGCAUUCGAGUUGUUUGAUGAGAUGUGUGGGAUUGGGGAGUUCCCUGAUGAGGUGACCAUGUUGAGCUUGUUGUCUGCUUGCGCUGAUUUGGGAGAUUUAGAGAAUGGUGAAAAGGUGCAUGCUAAGAUCAUGGAGAUAAGCAAGGGAAGUUUAAGCACGUUACUGGGGAAUGCGCUUGUUGAUAUGUAUGCCAAAUGUGGAAACAUUGAUAAAGCGCUGCGUGUGUUUUGGUUGAUACGAGAAAAAGAUGUGGCAUCGUGGAACUCGGUCAUUGGUGGGUUGGCCUUUCAUGGCCAUGCUGAGGAAUCACUUGAUCUGUUCGGAGAAAUGCAAAGGACCAGGGUUUGUCCAAAUGAGAUCACCUUUGUUGGCGUUUUGGCUGCUUGCAGUCAUGCUGGGAAAGUUGAUGAGGGUAAUCACUAUUUUCAUCUUAUGAAAAGUAAAUAUAAGAUUGAGCCAAAAAUUAGGCAUUGUGGGUGUAUGGUGGACAUGCUAGGGCGUGCUGGACUUUUAAAGGAGGCAUUUGACUUCAUAGCCUCCAUGAAGAUUGAACCUAAUGCAAUUGUUUGGAGAACUCUGCUUGGAGCUUGCAAGGUUCAUGGAGAUAUGGAGUUGGCAAAACGAGCAAAUGAGGAGUUGCUUAGAAUAAGAAGGGAUCACAGUGGUGACUAUGUAUUGCUAUCAAAUCUAUAUGCUUCACGGGGCGAGUGGGAUGGGGCUGAGAAGGUAAGGAAGUUAAUGGACGACAGAGGUGUAACUAAAAAUCGCGGUUCUAGCUUUGUUGAUGCAUAA